UCUUCUCUCUUCGCUCCUCAUGGCGUCUUUACCGCAGCUCCUGCUCUUGGUUCUGGUUUCAUACGUUCGUUACUCGUUUUCUGAUCAGAUCAGCAUCAGAGUAAAACCUGGACAGAACGUCGUUCUCCCAUGUCGGGCUGCAGACAGCAGACCAAUCAUAGUAGUGGACUGGACCCGGGACGGUCUGGGUUCCUAUCGGGUUCUUCUGUUCAGAAGUUCCCAGUUUGUCACAGAUCAACAGGAUUCAUCUUUUAAGGGCCGAGUGGAUCUGCAGGACAGACGGAUGCAGGACGGAGACGUGUCUCUGGUUCUGAGAAACCCGACAGCUGCAGACAGAGGAACAUAUAAAUGUCGAGUCGUUCAUAAAGGAGCAGAUAUGAACUCAGAACCCGACUGCAUCAUCAACCUGGAGGUAGCUGGAGAGUCCAGGAUGAUUACAGGCAGAGGAAGCAAAGCUGGACCUUCUGGACCUUCUGGACCUUCUGGACCUUCUGGACCGCUGAUCGGACUCACCAUUCUUCUUCUUCUCCUCUUUAGAGACUGAUUCGGGUUCAGGUGGUUCUGAAAUCAUUUAGAGGAGGAAAAACAUAUCAUCACUGAAUUUCAAUUAUCAAUUUUAAAAGCCCUUUGAUUGGAUUAGAUUGCUUGGUCACUGGGUUCACGCCACACAUGGAUGUGUCAGAGGUCAGAGGUCACAUUCCCACACUUCCUGCAGGAGGGACAAAGAGGAGCAGGUUUGAGUCAGCUGGAUCACAGGGGUCAAACUCCAGUCCUCAAGGUCAUGAGAGGUUGAGGCAGAAGCAGCAGAUCCAGCGAAUAAACGGAGAUUUAAAGAUGAAAAUAUGAAUCCAUAAUCCAGGCAGAUUAAACAGAUUAAACACUGAGAGCAACUAAUAAACAUCCAGCAACAGGAAACAGAACGACAGAGACGACCAGGCCCUGACAGAGACACAGAGACACAGAGGGACACAGGGAAGCAGGUUACAUUAAAUACACAGGAAGUAAUCAGGGAACGGGACACAUCAGGGAACGAGACACAUCAGGGAACGGGACACAUCAGGGAACAGUUGAGGGGAAGACAGGACAACAUGGAGACUCAGAGACACAGAAACCUGAAAUAAACCUGCAGAAAAAGUCAAAUCCCUGCAGGUUUUAGAUGAGCCACAGGUACAAGAUGCUCCAGUGUGGAUCGGAUCUCCAGAACCUUGAUGACCUCAUUAUUCUGUCCAGGUGAUGCAGCAGAGGGUCAUCUAAAGGUCACAGGACACUGACCCUCCAGGACUGGACUUUGACCCAGUCAGUCCUUCAACAGGAAGUGGUUUUCUUCCUCAGAUCACAGCUACUUAGUGUGCAUUACCACCACCUAGUGGUGAGGAGUGUGAACUGCAGCUUUGUUAAAAUGCUUGAGAUGCAGAUUAAUUACUGACUUUUACAUCCAAAUUAAUUUUAAUUCAUUUCUUCAUAUUGAGCACAUAGAGCUACUGUUUUAUUUUCAGACAUUUUAAUGUGAAUAAAGGAAUUAAAGCUAAUUCAGGCACUAAAAUCAUUAUUUCUGCAGUCAUGGGAUCAUCUGCUGGGAUCUUGUUUGAGUUUUGUUAUUUUUGACAUUUUUCGUGUUUAUUAGUUGUUUCUAUUUACCUCUAUUUAGUUUCCUACAUUAAAAUGUUUUGCAUGUUUAGAGUAAUGUAGCUUGCAAAUCUUUUUUCAUUAAAUAAAUGUCAAUAAAAUGCUUAUGUAAUGAU